AUCCGUGACUGAUCUCCCUGUGAGAUUCCAGCUUCUGUGCUGCCCCCCUCCCCCCCAAUAAUACAUGUAUCAUGCCCAGUGGGGAGGGAGCUGGGCCUGGGGGGGCCUCAAAUCACCCCCCAUUAAUGUCCUCUUUCCCCCCUGCCCAGCUCAGCCUGGAGGAUUUCACAGCGUAUGGGGGGGUCUUCGGCAACAAGCCCGACAGCGCUUUCCCCAGCCUGGAGAGCGCCCUGGCGGGGGCCCCCUCAACCCUGGUGCUCCCAGCUGUGCAGGGGGCGGCGGCCGCCGGCGUCUUGGGGCUGCUGAAAGAGAAGUUGGGGCUGAGCCCCCUGCAUGUGGAGCCGGGCACCCUGAGGGAGCUUCGCCUCAAUGCCAGCCUGCCUGCCCUGCUGCUGGUGCGGCUGCCCUACACCGCUGGCUCCAGCCUCAUGGCCCCCAAGGAGGUGCUGAUGAGCAACGAUGAGAUCAUUGGGCAGGUGCUCAGCGCCUUGAAGGAGGAGGACGUGCCCUACACGGCGCUGCUGACAGCCGGAGCCCCCUCACGGGUUCUCCGGGACGUCUCUGGGGUGGCCCCCGGGGGAGUGGGCCGCCAGCUGCUGCAGAAGCCGACCCCAGCACCAGCACAGCACCCCCCAGUGCGGUACCCCCUGACCGGUGAGCCCCGGAUCCUCUUCUGGGCCCAGAACUUCUCCGUGGUCCAGGGCAGCAAGUGGGUCGACCUGACGUCCCAGACGUUCGGGGCUGUGGCCUCCGUUGAUGUGAGCGGCUCAUCCUGGAGCUCCAAUGACUCCCGGCUGGUGCUGAAGUAUGCAAAUGUUCUGGGGUCCCCUCUGACUGUCACGUUCCACAUGACCAGCCGGCGGUUUCCUGUCUCGGGCCGGGACUGGUUCCAGCUGAGCCGCCUGGAGCUGGCGACGCCCUCGGCCAGGCCCAGUGUCUUCAACGCCUCGCAGGUGACGGCCCCCAGCGACUAUUCCUGGCACUGCGCCUACCUCAGCAGCCUGCCGGGCUUCGGGGCCGGCCUCCAGCCCCACGGCCCCAGCCCCAGCUGGGGGGUGCUGCUCCAGGAUGUGCAGCUGCAGGGGUUCAACGUGACGGGCCUGCAGUUCUCCUACGCCAGCGACUGCGCCGGGUUCUUCGCGCCGGGCACCUGGAUGGGGCUGCUCACGGCCCUGCUGCUCGGCGCUAUCUUCGCCUGCGGCCUCCACAUGCUGCUGGGCCUCAAGACCAUGGACCGCUUUGACGACUCCAAGGGGGCCACCAUCGCCGUGCCCCAGGGCGAGUAGGGCGGGGCUGGGUCCUGCUCCCCCCGAGCUGGGACCCCCAGGCUCUGCACGGGGGCCUGAGCUGUGUGCGCCCCUCCCCCGGACCCUGCUCUUCUCUCUUCCACCCCCCUCCCCCGAGCUGGGACCCCCAGGCUCUGCACGGGGGCCUGAGCUGUGUGCGCCCCUCCCCCGGACCCUGCUCUUCUCUCCCCCUCCCCCGAGCUGGGACCCCCAGGCUCUGCACGGGGGCCUGAGCUCUGUGCGCCCCUCCCCCCAGGCUGUGUGCAGUGGGGCCCGUGCAGCCCCCCACACUCUGCCCCAAGCUCCACACACAGCUGCCGAAGGGGGGGUGUCUAGACCCCCCCCCUGCUGCUCUAACCCUGCCCCCCCCACUGGGGGCUGUUUCUUAUUUAUUGGGGGCCCUGCCCCCCCUCCUCUUCCCACAGCCCCUGAAUAAAUCGUGUCUGGGCCCAG